UUUUGAAAAUAUAACACAGUAAACAAAUUGAAAGAAAACAUGCAAAUUCCUACAGAAUUUUGUUGUACUUGUUUAAAGUCGGGUACUCAGUUAAAUAAUACUUUGGAAUUAGACUCCAAAGACGUAGAUUAUACUACAAAGUUAAGAUUUUGUGUUCCAGAAGUGGAAUGGUCGUCUGGUUACAUUUGCAAGCAAUGUUCGGUGACCUUAAAUCAAUGUUAUUCUUUUAAGGAACAAUGUCUUAAGGCAAAUGAAGUUUUAGCAGAAGGCAAAUUUCACUUCCUAUUAAACGUUACAAACAACGAAAAUUCAAGUUCUGACACCACACCUAAUGUUAACCAACCUUUCCUUGACAAUUUCGUAAAAAGUGAACAUGGUAGUGAUGAUGAUGGAUCUGACUACAAGCCAGAAGCAGAUGAGGACAGUACAGAUGAAAUAAACUCUAGUAAAGAAGAGGAAACUAUACCUCCUCCUAAAAAAAGCAAAUUAAAUUGUAGUUUAUGUGAUAAUAAGUUUCCUGAUAGACAUUCUCUGCUUAUUCAUAAGAAAACAGACCAUAAAGAUAGACAACCCCAAAAGAUUUCAAUAAAAGAUCUUAAUGUUGAGACCAACAGUUUAGGACGAAGAAUUAAAAAACACCAAUGUCAAAAAUGCGGCAAAAAAUACACUACAGUGAAAAUACUUAAUUCUCAUGCUAGCAUCUGUGAUGGCAUAAAAAGACACACUAGAAAAGACGCAGAUGAUAACGAGGACGAAUUCUUUAAAAGACCUGAACUAUUUCCAAAAAAUAAGGACGCCACCAAGCAGAAGGUUGUUCAUCUAACAUGCGAAUUUUGUGAAAAAGUUGUUGGUGCCUUCAAAAAGUAUGUGGCUCAUUGUGUAGAGGAACAUAAUUCAAACCCAGAAACUCUCAAGCCUUAUUUAUGCAAAGUAUGUAAGCAGCGAUUUAGCACAUCGACGCACCUAUCCAGACACCGCCUUCAACACUCAGACAAGAAGGCACACAUGUGCACAUUCUGCGGCAAGGGUUUCAAAACACGCAAAGAUAUAUUAAGACACGAAAAGAUUCACACAAAUAAACGCGAAGUCCAAUGCGAGCUUUGUCCAAAACGAUUUAACACUAAAAAUCUCCUAAACUCCCACAAACUCGUCGUUCACACGGACCCCAUGCUCUGGAAUUACGUCUGUCAGUACUGCGGCAAAAGGUUCCCCAUGAAGUCUAAUUACGAUGCGCACACUCGACGUCAUACCGGGGAAAAACCGUUUGCGUGCCAUCUUUGCGAUAAACGUUUCGGAGACAAAUCCGUCCUUCAGCAGCAUUUCCAUUCGCAUUCGAAUAUUCGCGCGUUCAAAUGCGACUACUGCGGUAAAGAGUAUAAAAGCAUGAGGGUGCUGGGCAUCCAUUUAAAAAAGGUUCACGAAAUCGGUAACUACAAGAUCCCGGUGAGAAAGAAAAAGUUUACGUGCGACUAUUGUUCGAAGGCUUUUGCGGCUAGAGACAAAUUACGAAGGCAUAUGUGUUCACACACUAGGGAAAGACCUUACGCGUGCCAUAUAUGCGAAGAACGAUUUACAGACAAAUCGUAUGUUAAACAGCAUUUGAAAUCAGUUCAUAAUUUAGAAGUGAUAAAACAAGACUAAAAUAAAAGAUACGGAUCAUUUUUUAGAUAGAAAAAAAUUGUAAUUUUACGUUACAAUAUCUUGCCCUUAAUUUUGUACUUGCUUUAGUAUUCUAGAAAUUAAAUU